CCAACGAAUCAAAUCAAACCAAUUCAAAACUCUCUAAUAGAUUUUCAGAAUUCCAAAUCAAAUACGUAAACUCUCUUUAUUAACUUGGCGCCACAAACACAUUCAGCAGCAAUGCUAUUGGAGAACAACAACGGCGAUCGAUCCUCCACGUGUCAUCAUCCGAUUGGCAACUCCUCCGGCUCCGACGACGGUUCGCCGGAGAGAUAUACUCCGGCAAUGGAGAGUGCCGGAGAAGGACUUUUAGUUCCGCCACUCAAUUUUUCAAUGGUUGAUUACGGUGUUUUUCGUUCUGGUUUCCCUGAUAUUGCUAAUUUCCCCUUUUUACAAACCCUAGGCCUUCGCUCUAUCAUAUAUUUGUGUCCGGAGCCAUACCCUGAAGCUAAUAUGGAGUUCCUAAAUGCGAAUGGAAUUCGGCUUUUCCAGUUCGCCAUUGAAGGAUCCAAGGAGCCACCACUGGUCAACAUCCCAGAGGAAAAAAUAAGAGAAUCUUUGAGAGUUGUCCUUGAUGAAAAGAACCGCCCUUUGUUAAUUCACUGCAAAAGAGGAAAGCACCGAACUGGUAGCCUUGUGGGAUGCCUCAGAAAAUUACAGAAAUGGUGCCUCACCUCAAUUUUUGAUGAGUACCAAAGGUACGCUGCUGAGAAAGCUAGAGUAUCAGAUCUAAGGUUCAUGGAGUUGUUUGACAUUUCCGGCUUCAAGCAACCACCGACUUUCUCUUCACAUUCCAAGAAUUAAAUGGAUAAGAUGUACAGUAUGAGAGGUGAUUUUGGCUUUGCAUUGUUUACCGAAUCAAUUUUUUGAGUCCGCUCCCAAGAGUAUUGGAUUCCUCAUAUGAACUUCGGUUAUGGUUUUCGCUAGUAUCCAGUUCUUUUCAUUUGGACAUAGUCUCUCUUUUUAGAAAGUAGAUAGAUGGCAUGUAUUAGAUGUUGCUAUGGCCUAUGAUAAAGGGUCUCCUCCUUCCCUAUAUUUGUGUUCAUUGGAGAUGGAUUGGGAGUUGUAAAGUUGCCUUAAUUUUGCUUAUGAGAGGGAUAAAAAGGAGGUUGUGUUUUCUUCAGCUUGGACUGUGAGUACUCGGAAACCUGCUGAAAGGUGAAAGCUGUUAUAAAUUUGGGUUUCUUCCUGACAGCAGUAGAUUGUCAUUUGAAGCUAUGAUGCUCAGAUCCUCCAAAAAUAUUGUCGCACAUAUGGGAUCCUUCUCACAAAACCAACUUUCCUGGAAUCGAUUAUUGUAAUGCACCUUUGUGUUUGACUACCGCUUAUCUCAUUGCCAAAGAGUAAGGCCUCGAAGUGUACUUGUUGAGUUAUGAGCAAGUCCACAAGAAACUGAGUGGAAAUUUAGGAAAUGACACCAAUGACUUUAGAAAUUGGUUCUUUUGAACUUUUGACCCCGCUUGGGUUAUGGUCAAACAUUAAGUAGGGCUAAAAUCCGCCCAGCUUCAAGACCAUUCUUUUAAGUUACUCAAUGUGAUGAUAUAGGGCUACAGCCCAGUCGUGUUUUUUAAAUAUACAAGUGCCAAGACACACAUCUUAAGUGAUGAAA